GUAGCGGCAGUUGAUAGUCGGUCGCUACGGAGUACGCCCGCCACGCCGGCCGCCUACGAAUGUACUACGCGAGUGCUACGAAAGUAUACAUAUAAAACUUUGAACUAAGUUGUAUAGAAGUGAUUGUGACAGCAAUAUUUUAAACUAUAGAAUUAUUAUUAAAAGUGAGAGCAAUAACUCUGAUGUAAUGUCGAACUUAUAAUAUAUUUAACGAUUGUUGUAAAACUUAGUAUGAUAGUGGUAUUUGUGUAUAGUUAAGAAGACUACUGUAAGAUGAGCACAUUUUUAACAGAACCGAAUAUUAAAUAGAUUCGUUUAUGCAUCAAAAAAUGAACAGGUCACACAAAUGGGACUUCCUAGUAAAGAUUUCUAGCAGAAGAAAAUUGGAGUAUGAAAGGAUGAAUGAAGGAAACGCGCCCGUCUCGCAGAUGAAGAAUUAUCGGCGGCUGUUAGCCAAAUGCUUUGAAAGAAUUUCGAAAUUCACGGUCCUACCGAACAGUACUACGUGAAAUGUAGCGGAGGAAUUCAAAUACAUCAAAAUGGGGCAAGCAGCUACACACGUGGACGCAAACUACACUUUAAUAAAUUACACAGAGGAGGUCAUCGAGGAUGACAGAGAUGCUUGCGCUGUCGCUGAUGAUCCUAAAUAUCCAAGUAGCUUCGGAAUAACGCUAGCAGUCCCAGAAUGGGAGGCAAUAUGUACAGCCAUUGUCCUUACUCUCAUAAUAAUUUCUACGAUAGUUGGAAAUAUUUUGGUAAUCCUCAGUGUAUUCACAUACAAGCCGCUCAGAAUCGUUCAGAAUUUCUUCAUAGUAUCACUCGCCGUAGCGGAUUUGACGGUAGCAAUAUUGGUGCUGCCACUGAAUGUGGCGUAUUCCAUUCUUGGGCAGUGGGUGUUCGGGAUAUAUGUGUGCAAGAUGUGGCUUACAUGUGACAUAAUGUGUUGCACUUCGUCCAUUUUAAAUUUGUGUGCAAUUGCAUUAGACAGAUAUUGGGCGAUUACUGAUCCAAUAAAUUAUGCACAGAAGAGAACUUUAGAAAGAGUGCUUCUGAUGAUUGGUGUGGUGUGGGUUCUAUCGUUAAUUAUAAGCUCUCCCCCAUUGCUCGGCUGGAAUGACUGGCCUGAUGUCUUCGAACCUGACACACCCUGUCGCUUAACCUCUCAACCAGGCUUUGUAAUCUUCUCUUCAUCAGGAUCCUUUUACAUACCGCUAGUUAUAAUGACUGUAGUUUAUUUUGAGAUAUAUUUGGCCACUAAGAAAAGACUAAGAGAUCGCGCUAAGGCAACUAAGAUCAGCACAAUUUCUAGCGGCCAAAAUAAAUACAGCAAUAAAGAGGAUCACCAUGAUCAAGAUUCAGUGAGCUCUGAAGCAAAUCACAACGAGCAUCAAGGCGUUACACGUCUCGUUUCAGAUAAUGAGAAGAAGAAAAGAACUAGAAAACUGACACCAAAAAAGAAACCAAAGCGUAAAUACUGGAGCAAAGAUGACAAAUCACAAAACAAAUUGAUAAUACCAAUUCUGUCAAAUGAGAACUCUGUUACCGAUAUGGGCGACAAUUUGGAGAAUAGGAACACGUCGUCGGAAAGUAACUCGAAAGAAACUCAUGAAGAUGAUUUGAUCGAAGUCAAUGAGACCGUGCCAGUGAAGACUCAUCAUAAAAAGCCUAAACCUAACCAACAAAGUGCAGUUUACCAGUUUAUUGAGGAAAAACAGCGAAUUUCUCUAACCCGCGAACGCCGCGCGGCGAGGACUCUCGGCAUUAUAAUGGGUGUAUUCGUGGUCUGUUGGUUGCCCUUCUUCGUCAUUUACCUCGUCAUCCCCUUCUGUGCGAGCUGUUGCUUAUCGAACAAGUUCAUUAACUUUAUCACUUGGCUUGGAUACUGCAACUCCGCCCUUAACCCUCUUAUAUACACCAUAUUUAAUAUGGACUUCAGAAGAGCAUUCAAAAAAUUACUAUGUAUGAAACCGUGAACGUGCCAAAGACUGUAAAAUUGUGUAGUGGUUUAUGCUUAUAAUGAAUGAUGCUGAUUUGCUCAAAAGUUUUAACUCAUUCGUAAGUAGAUGUACUAGCAAUGAUCAAGUAACAUAUUGAAAGUUCGAAUAUAAGAUUACGAAUCUCAAUGUACAUUUAUUGUAUGCAAAAGUGUUGUAAUGAUAUUAAAUAAAUAGCUAAAUAUACUUUCAAUAUUGUAGAGUAGUGUCAUGUAAAUAUUUCAAGGUUGAAUAGUGCAUAGCACUUUAGAUUUGUGUAAGUAUGUGUGUAAAUAAAAUUUUGUGAAUUGAACGAAUUUGGACGAAUCAUUGAUAACCAACGAAUACUUUCAAAUAUAUAAUCCUAAUUAUGUACAUACAUAUCUUGGUCCGUUUGUAUAUAAGUAAUGAAAAUAUUUGUAAUCUACAAUAUCUGUAACUGUUCAUACUUACUUAUUUUAAUAGAACUAAACGUAAGAAAGUUAUUUCAGUCGUUAGAUAAUAUUGUUUUCACGAUUGUAUAUCCCUUUGAAAUAAUUUGAGCCCUUAUUUAAAAGGGAUAUUAGACUUGCAACAAUUUGUUUCAUUUUCUCCUGGAUUGUAAUAAAAUUUGAAUUUA